AAGCAGUGUUAAUUUAUUAUGUGUUCUGUAAGGAAGAUUCCUGGAAUUUUAUUAAAAGAAAGAUCUACAGCAGCAGAGAAGGUAGACAUUAAAGCUCCUAUUUGAAGAAGAGCAGGCAAUAUUCCAGGUGUCCUGACCAACAUCCCUCUUUCAACCAGGAGCAUCUAAAACAGGUUUCUCAACAGUGCAAGCAUGUCCACAACUAACAAUCACUACUUUCAGUACAAAGGUUGUAACUUUGUUUCCACUAUCUACACAAAGGAGCAUUUAGAACAACUGGAACAUUAUGAAAUAAAGGACACAGAUGUCUUCAUUGUGACGUACCCAAAAUCUGGCACAGUAUGGAUGCAGCAAAUAAUGAGUUUAAUUUAUUCUGAUGGUGACCCAGCUGUUGUACAAAGCAAACCAGCAAUAGAACGUGUUCCUUGGAUUGAGGUGCCAAACUCAAAUUUUCCAGCACGACCAUCCCCUCGCCUGAGUGUCACACAUUUGCCCUACCAGUUAGUUCCAAAAGCAUUAAAGGAACAAAAGGGAAAAGUUAUUUAUGUUGCACGGAAUCCUAAGGAUGUACUCGUCUCUUCCUAUUAUUUCCAUCAGCAUAUUGCCCUAUAUGAAUCACCGAGGGAUUUUCCAGACUUUCUAGAAAAAUUCCUUGAUGGUAGAGUGGAAUUCAGUUGCUGGUUUGACCACAUCAAGGAGUGGUAUGCUCACAAGGAUGAAUUCAACUUUUUAUUCAUGACCUAUGAGGAGAUGAAGAAAGAUCUUAGAGCAUCAAUACAAACGAUUUGCAACUUUGUUGGAAGACAAUUGGGUGAUGAAAAACUGGACUGUGCGAUGGAACACUGCAGGUUCGAUAUUAUGAAGAAGAAUCCAAUGGCCAACUAUGAAGGAAUUCCCAAAAAAUCUGAAGAAGGAACUUUUUUACGGAAAGGUACAAUUGGAGACUGGAAAAACCAUUUCACCGUGACUCAAUCUGAAAUGUUUGACAGAAUUUUCCAAGAAAGAAUGAAAGAUGUGCCAAUAGAGUUUAUCUGGGAUAAUGAAUAA